AUGACUGACUGUGAGUUUGGAUUUAUUUACGUGCUGGCCCAGGACUAUCUGAAGUACGUCCUGCAGAUACCACAGCCUGGCACUGGUCCAAGUAAAACAUCCAGAGUGUUACAGAAUGUUGCUUUCUCAGUUCAAAAAGAAGUUGAAAAGAAUUUGAAAACAUAUUUGGACAAUUUUGAUGUCAUCUCCAUAGAUAUUGCCAAAACCAUAUUCAAUCAAGUGAUGGAAAAAGAAUUCGAAGACGGCAUCAUUAACUGGGGAAGGAUUGUGACCAUAUUUGCAUUUGGAGGUAUACUCAUCAAAAAACUUCUAAGAGAGCAAAUUGCCCUGGAUGUGGAUACUUACAAGGAGAUAUCUUAUUUUGUGGCUGAGUUCAUAAUGGAUAACACAGCAGAAUGGAUAAGGCAAAAUGGAGGCUGGGAAAAUGGCUUCGUAAAGAAGUUUGAACCUAGAUCUGGCUGGCUGACUUUUCUGGAAGUUACAAGAAUGAUCUGUGAAAUAUUUCUCCUGAAGCACUACUACUGA